UUCGCUUCUGCUUUCUUGCUCUCACCGCCCGUUUGCUUUAUGCCACGGAACCAAACGAGCACGCCCGGCACGUCAGUCCCUCUCGUAACAUUGGUAAAGGACACGUUGGGGACCCACGCUGUUCUCACUGCCCUUGUGUAUGUUUUUCGGUGUCAUUUAGCGAGGAUGUUUCGACGCAGUCAAAACAUUCGAUAUUUCCUGAGCCUUGUCCCGGGUAAACGUACACUAGGGACGUACAGGUUUCUCCCCAUCUUCUUUUGCAUCGGAGGAGUCAUGGAGUGGAUCAUGAUCAACGUGAGGAUCGGAAAAGAGACUUUCUAUGACGUGUACCGGAGGAAACAAUCGGAACGGGAGUACCAGCGCAGGAUAGCAGAUGGACCCGUCGUUCUGGACGAGCCUGCAGCCAAGUGAACAGCUGUCCCAUCUGAUGUGGACUCAACAUGUGUCGACGAAGGACAAAUCAUAGACUCUCGCCUAAUCUAAAAAACAUGCCACUGGUUCAACAACAACAACAUUAGCACAGUAAUCAGCACGCAGUGAUGACGGAGAACUCUCUUCCAACAUGCAGUUAACACAGAACAUCCAGCCCUAGGUUUACGUCUGUCUAACGGAUGCUUGAGUGAUCUCUCAGUUGUACCAUCCGACAGGAAGAGUCUGCAGACACACAAAGCUGUUGGGGUGCUGCGACAGCUUCACCGGGUUCCCGUCCAGCCUCACCUGGUCCAUGUUGCUCCGGAUGUAGUAACUGGUGUUACCUUUGCAGAACGUCUCAUCUGUUAUUGUGGAGAUCUUGUUGUUCUGCGGGGGUUAAGGACACAAAGUUGGAUGGUCACAUAACUGCUACUGGCUCCCUCCACAGGCAGUAAAAAAAACCUAAUCGCUUCUACAGAGCAUCUCUGUCGGGACACCAGUGAUUUACAGUUGAACUUACAUGCAGGUGCACGACGUGCAGAGACUCUGGGAGGUGUGGCACUCCUGUCAGUUCAUUGUUUCCCAGGUAAAGAUAAGCCAGUCUGGUGAGUUUCUGCAACAACAACAAAAAGGUGCCACUGUCCUCAAACACACAUCCACCGCACAGAAUUCAGCAUAGAAUGAGUAAACAAAAAAGCACUUACUUUGAAAGCGUUUGCCUUUACACCCUGCGUUUUAAGCCUGUUGAAAUUGGCAUUGAAUGUGACCAGACCGUUGGGAAGCAUUGGGAGUUUGGUCAGUCUGUUAUCCGCGAGGGUGAGCUCCUCCAGAUUAGGAAGUCUGGAAAAGGCGCCGUCUUCUAUCUCGGUGAUGAGAUUCCCAGUUAGGUCGAUUCUCCUUAAUGUGGCUGGAAAAAGUAAAAAAAAAAGGAAAAAGGAGAGCGUUUGCAAGAGGCACAGAGUUUUAUUUAACAUGUGGACAACUUUUAUUUACCCAUAUCUGCAAAGUCUUUAUUGCGUAUUCUUGUGAUUUUGUUGAAGCGAGCGUAGAGGUACGCCGUUUCCUUUGGCAGCGCUGGAACUGAUGACAUUUCAGGGGAAACCUCCUCACAAUAAACUGAUCCAGUCAGGCAAACGCACAGGAGACAUGUGGGUAACUCUGGAAAACAAAUCACUCUUGAUUUUACUUUUCUUUUCCCUUUUUUUCCCUUUUUUUCAAGCGCUUGCGGUACUUCUGAAUCAAUUGGUCACGGCAGUGUGGCUGGAGACACUUGAUCGGCCCUGAGUUAUUACAUAAUACGGACUGUAAGUACAUUCACAAAAAUGUGGAAGGAUGCCCUGACAACUGUUGCAUAAUCUGCUUUGAACCACUAUUAAACUUUUAAAAGGAACCUUACCGGCGGUUGCUGGAGAUGCCGAGUCAGAGUCUUUGUCUUGUUGGAAGCCAUAGUCCGCAAGGUUUACAAUGUCUCUCUGCAAAUAAAGGAAAUACAUAAAAUCUUCAAUAAAAAUCCUCAUCAACACUGUU